GGCGGCGGCGGUGGUGGUGGUGGUGGUGGUCGCUGUGUGGUGGGGCAGAAAGUGACCGUAAGCGCGGGGUUGGACGUAGGACUUUUGUCGUACGGAGGACGUGGCGAUUCCGAGAAGGGCGACGCAGCCUUGGGGUUUCUGUCCUGGUGUGCUCGUAAAUCCAAGUUGACGUUGGACAGCUCUUUGUCUUGUUGCAUGGCAGGUUGAUUAGUGCCGUUUUGUGUGUAAUGCCAUCUUUAAUGUCGUGCAUGAAGUAAAUAAGCAAUACGUUUGCAUAUGUAAAUACAGCUCCGUAGUGCAUCGUCGUUUUGUACACAUGGCAGAGGCAGUAGAGGAAAGAGAGGUAGGGCAUGAAAUGGAGGCAUGUUCAGAUGAAGCUGGGUCCAAGGAAGCUGGGACUAAAGAUGCAGGUUUAGCUGAAGCUGGGUCUAAGGAAGGUAUGGCUGAAGGUGAGGUUAAGGAGGCAUGUUCAGAUGAAGUUGAGGUUAAGGAGGCAUGUUCAGAUGAAGUUGAGGCUAAGAAGGCAUGUUCAGAUGGUGAGGUUAAGGAGGCAUGUUCAGAUGAAGUUGAGGCUAAGAAGGCAUGUUCAGAUGGUGAGGUUAAGGAGGCAUGUUCAGAUGGUGAGGUUAAGGAGGCAUGUACAAAUGAUGGUGAGGUUAAGGAGGCAUGUACAAAUGAUGGUGAGGUUAAGGAGGCAUGUACAGAUGAUGUUGAGGCUAAGGAGGCAUGUACAGAUGAUGGUGAGGCUAAGGAGGCAUGUUCAGAUGAAGGCGAGGCUAAGGAGGCAUGUUCAGAUGAAGGUGGGUCUCGGGAUGCAGAGUCCAAGGAGGCCGAUAAUACAGGGGCUAAGACUGUCAAUGCAACGUCCGGCGCUGAACCGCCAACCGAGAAAAGGCCUCUCGAUAAAAGACUCCAAGAUUUGGCGGAUACGGAGCCGAUUAAGCGUUUCUACACGUGCAAAUGUUUCUACUCGAAAAACAUCUUCGUGCCCGAGUACGAGAUGUUCGUGACGUUCACGACCAAGGCGGCGUUCUGGCGACAAUAUAGCUCGUAUUUUGUGAGUAAAGGUUGCAACUCGGAAAAGUUCACGAACAUCGUAAAAAACAUUGAGGAUGAAAUAAAACGGCGCAAGUCUCUCGGAAAAAAUUACCUGGAAAGUAAGAGGACCAUACGGCAGUUGUACAAGCCUCUUCAUCCUCACGUAUACAAACUACAGCCCUCUUUUCUGGCUCCGGAAUUCCGGGAGUUGGUAGAAUACUGCAAAUCUUAUGAUGCCUGCUUUGAUGGGAUCCUGCAGCGAGUCGAAGAAGUUCAAGCUGAUCGCGUGUACAUCUUCCCUGUAUUCACGGAGGAUUUCUGUCGCAAUUUCUUGGAAGAGCUGCAACAUUUUGAGUCGAGCGACAUGCCCAAGGGACAACCAAACAGUAUGAACACUUACGGGGUAAACCUGGAUGAGCUGGGCUGCGACGAGGAGCUAAUCUCCCCGCUGCGGGAAGACUACUUGCGUCCCAUCACUGCACUGCUCUACCCUGACAAGGGGGGCAGCUCGCUUGACUCUCACAAGGCAUUCAUUGUCAAGUACACGUCUGAGAUGGAGCCUGGGCUCUCCCUGCAUUUUGACAACGCAGAGGUUACGCUCAACGUAUGCCUCGGAAAAGACUUCACCGGAGGGAACCUGUAUCUUGCCGACAUGAGGGAGGAACAAGGGGGAGAAUCUGUGGAGGUUGGUCACCGCAGGGGCUACGGCAUCUUGCACCGGGGCCAACAAAUGCACGGUGCGAAGCCGAUCACGGCUGGCGAGCGCCUCAACCUCAUCCUGUGGAUGCGUUGCUCAUACCUACGCAACAAAAAGUGCCCGAUGUGCAAUGAGCUGCCCGUCCUGCAGGAGACCGAUGGAUUUGGAGAUGGCUUCACAAAAGAGCCGUCGCAAAUGAAUUUCUGCAGCCUCGCGUGAUUGUAUAACUAUAAAAACCAAAACACUUGCAUUAGAAAUGCUCAGUUUAUUUUUCGAUUGUUGGUCAUGCACUAUAUUAUUAGUUUGUGUACCAGCCAUGGUGGGUAACCUUUUGCACUGCACUAUUGCUGUAAUAAGAUGUAUUUAUGGCAUCGGAUGCCCCUAAAAAUGUUUAAGACGCGUACCUUGUGGCUUUAAAACACUGCCAAUGCAAUAUUGUCAUGGAGAGGAAGUUUUUUUGAAAGCAAAGUCUGGAACUUUAUUCACAUUGGUCUCGAGCAUGCAUAAGUUCUGGUUUGAGGUGUCGAAUUUUGUGAUUCACGGAUUUAAUAAAUAUAAGCAAAUACAAAAGUA